AUGUCAGACCCAGAAAGCGACUACCUCCAGCCGGGGUUCGACCCUCGUACCCUGACGAUUCCCCGGCUGCGCUCCAUCAUGGUCACCUAUAAUAUUCCUUUCCCCUCCAACGCGAAGAAGGGUGAGCUGAUCGAGCUCUUCAACGACCAUGUCGCCCCGCAGGCGCACAAGAUCCUGGCCAAGCGGGAGCGGGCAAAACGUUCGAGCAUGGGCAUCACAGAUGCCCAAAUGAUGCACUCUGCCUCGAUGGAGGACAUGGACGAUUUUGAUGCAGAGCCGCGCGCCCGCACCACACGGUCGAGGUCGCCGAGGAAAGCCUCCCGGGUUAAGCGCGAGUCGGAGGAACCGGAGCGUCUAAUGCCGUCGGUCGAGCGUCCUUUGAGUCCCCGCAAGCGGUCCGUGCGAUCCGUUAGCCGCCAAGCACCCUCAGACACGGAGACCGACGGUGACAACCGGCUGGGGGUCCGCGCAACAUCACGGCGCAGCGUCACGCCGGCAGUGAAGCUCGAGGCGCCUGUCGAGAGGACAGAGAACCUGUUCGCAUCGCCUCGGCGCAGCGACUACAAUAUGCUCUCCGAGGAGGAGGAGGAGGAGGAGGUUGUUGUUGACGACGGAAACCCCUUCACCAGCGACAACCCGUUCCAGAGCGGGAGCUCUCCGCCAACUGUCAAGACGCCUAGCAAUCGUCGUCGAACCACGGGUGGAUCGGAAUUGUCUGUAUCAAAGAACAAGUCUGCACAGAGGCGGCGAACCGACGGGCCCGUUAUUCAUGAGCCCACGUCACGCAAGAUAUCGAGGACUUAUGAGAUACCUGUGAGCGCGCUCAGGGGACCCAAAACACCAGAGCACCCGACGUCGGUUGAGCCUGGCGAAGAAUUCACUCCUGAUGAGCAGCUCGAGCUGGCGCAGGAGGAGGCGGAGCACGGGGUAGUCGCCAGGAGGCAAGCUGAACCGAAAAGUCGGAGCUGGGCGCCUUUUUGGGUCGUCAUUUUCAUGCUUCUGGGCGUCUAUGGUGGCUGGUACCGGCAAGAAAAGAUCAAGGUCGGCUACUGCGGGCUCGGCCAGCCGGCCACAGCGAUACUGCCCCCACAUGUGCAGGAAAAGCUGCCAGAAUGGGCAGAUAUACUUGUGGAGCCCCAAUGUGAGCCUUGCCCUGCUCAUGCCUACUGUUAUGAGGAUUUCUCGGUCCGCUGUGAGGAUGACUAUCUCAUGGUGCCCCACCCGCUUUCGCUCGGUGGUCUUGUACCGCUUCCACCAACCUGUGAGCCAGACGGAGAAAAAGUCCGACGAGUGAAGGCUGUGGCGGAUAAGGCUGUGGAAGAGCUAAGGGAGCGCCGCGCACAAUACGAGUGUGGGACGGCGGCUAGUCCAGAGGAGCAGAAGCCUGCAACGCCUUCGAUAGAAGAGGAGGUUCUGAAGAACCUUCUCAGCGAGAAGAGGAGCAAGAAGAUGGGAAAGCAGGAGUUUGAUGACCUAUGGGAGGCUGCUAUCGGUGAUAUCAAGGACCGCGACGAGGUCGAGGAAGAGGAAGACAAGGUCUUAGAUUCCUCCGAUGUUCCGCAUACCCGAUUAUCGUCCACCUCCCUUGCGCGACUUCCGCUCACCUGCUCGCUACGACGAACAUUCCGACUCGGACUGGAGCGAUAUAGACUCUAUCUUUGCGCUGUAAUCGUCCUGAUCCUGGGUGGCUUCUGGGCCCGCUUCAAGUACCGGCGCCACGUGGCGACCAAGGCUCAGGUGCCUCGCCUCGUGGACAUGGUUUUGGAGCGGCUGGCGGCCCAGAAGGAGCUCGCUUACGAGACGGGCGAGGACGAUCCAUUCCUGUUCCUCCCCAACCUGCGCGACGAUGUGCUGCGUGAAAAGCACUCGCUUGCUGAGCGGGAGCGAAUCUGGCAGCGCGUCCGCACCGUCGUGGAGCAGAACAGCAACGUUAGGCAGGGACAGAGGGAGGGUCGCGAUGGAGAGGUUGGACGUGCAUGGGAAUGGAUUGGGCCGACCGCGGGCGGUGGCGCCAUUGGUAGCGCCAGCGGCGCACGCCGUCGCACACUCGGGGGACGCGUCUCUUUCGGUCCCGGCUUGAGCGACAAAGACGAGCACGAUUCGAGCGCCCUUGUUGAAAGUCCGGCGGACAGGACGGCCACGCACAAGAAGUGGAAGGAGGGCGGUGGACGGCCGGCGUUCUGA